AUGACGGCGUUCGAAGAGUUUGGUGUAAUGCCGGAGAUAGCUCAAGCUAUCGAUGAAAUGGAAUGGAUGCUGCCGACCGAUGUGCAGGCCGAAGCAAUACCGUUGAUUCUUGGCGGAGGCGACGUACUGAUGGCUGCAGAAACGGGUAGCGGCAAAACCGGCGCCUUUUGUUUGCCAAUUCUGCAAAUCGUGUGGGAAACGUUGCGUGACAUUAAGGAGGGUAAAACAGGAAGAGCCACUUCCCACAAAGGUCAACCGUGGACGUUUUCAUACACCGACCGGGGCCAGGCAAUGGCCAUCACACCGGAUGGUUUGCGCUGUCAGUCGCGUGAGAUGAAGGAAUGGCACGGAUCGCGUUGUACCACCGGUGUGCACGGCAGAGGCAAAUACUAUUACGAAGCGACCGUCACGGAUGAAGGUCUGUGCCGUGUCGGGUGGUCGACGGAGCUGGCCAGCCUCGAUCUGGGCACCGAUCGUUUCGGGUAUGGAUUUGGCGGAACGGGUAGAAAAUCAAACUGCAAGCAGUUCGACGUGUACGGGGAAGCGUUCGGCAAGCAGGAUGUUAUAGGAUGUAUGCUCGAUCUGGACGGUAGAGAAAUAGGUUUCUCGAAAAACGGCGUAUUUCUUGGUACAGCAUUCACGCUGAACGAGUCGGACGCGAAAAGUAACUCGUACUUCCCGGCCGUUGUGCUGAAGAACGCGGAAAUAGCAUUCAACUUUGGGCAAACUGAUUUCAAAUACCCUUUGCCAGCCGGAUACACACCAGUUUGUAGCGUUGUGAAAGAUAAUAUGUCGGAAAAUCCCAACACUGGCCCAUCGGGCAGUGCCGAAGGUGAGGCCGCCAAACCGAAACCGAACGCGCCGCAAGCGAUCGUCAUCGAACCUUCGCGCGAGUUGGCCGAGCAAACGUUUAACCAGAUUCGUAAGUUUAAGAAGCAUCUGAAAGAUCCGGAAGUACGCGAACUGUUGCUUAUUGGUGGUGUAAAUGUGCGCGAACAGAUGGAAGUGCUGCAGCGUGGCGUGGACAUCAUUGUGGCAACACCCGGCAGACUGGAGGAUCUUAUUGGUGGUGGCUACGUCCUGUUGAAUGGAUGUAGAUUUUUCGUCCUAGAUGAAGCGGAUGGGUUGCUAAAGCAAGGUUACACCGAAAUGAUCGAUCGCUUGCACAAACAGAUCCCGAAGAUAACGUCCGACGGGCGUCGGCUACAGAUGGUCGUAUGCAGUGCCACGCUGCACUCGUUCGAGGUGAAAAAGAUGGCAGAAAGACUGAUGCAUUUCCCGACCUGGGUCGAUCUGAAGGGUGAAGACGCUGUUCCGGAUACCGUACAUCAUGUGGUGUGCAUGGUCGAUCCCCAGAAAGACACCACCUGGCAGUCGAUGCGUACGCACAUCCAAACCGAUAGUGUGCAUGCGCGGGACAAUGUGCGCCCGGGAUCGAAUACCGCGGAAACACUUUCCGAAGCGGUGAAAAUGCUGAAGGGAGAGUACACACUGAAAGCGAUCGAUGAGCAUAACAUGGAUCGCGCCAUCAUUUUCUGCCGUACAAAACUGGACUGCGAUAACAUGGAACGCUAUCUGCGACAAAUGGGUGGCCAGAAGUACUCUUGCGUAUGCUUACAUGGUGACCGAAAUCCAAAAGAACGAAAAUCUAAUUUGGAAAAGUUUAAGAAUAAGGAGGUAAAAUUCCUAAUCUGCACGGAUGUGGCCGCCCGAGGUCUGGAUAUCACCGGGCUGCCGUUUAUUAUAAACGUGACGUUGCCAGAUGAAAAAUCUAACUAUGUGCACCGUAUCGGCCGCGUUGGUCGCGCUGAUCGUAUGGGAUUGGCUUUUUCGCUCGUUGCUUCAGUGCCGGAAAAGGUUUGGUACCACGGGAAUUGGUGCUCGUCGCGUGGCAAAAACUGUUGGAACACUGCGCUAACUGACGUGAAGGGUUGUUGCAUGUGGUACGAUGAGAAAAUGUAUCUGGCCGAAAUCGAGGACCAUCUGACGGUGACUAUUCCUCAGAUUGAAAAGGAUAUGAAGGUUCCGCUGAACGAGUUCGACGGUAAGGUGGUGUAUGGAGAAAAGCGUAAGAACACUGGAUCCGGUUACAAGGACCACGUGGAGCAGCUGGGCCCGGUCGUACGUGAGUUAGCUCGUUUGGAGCGAGAAGCUCAAACGUUGUAUCUUAAGCGAUUGGCCGUUUAA